AUGCGCUCGGUCUUGUCAUGCGCUCGCUCAUGUUAUGUGCUCGCUCUUGUCAUGCGCUUGCUCUUGUCAUGCGCUCGCUCAUGUCAUGCGCUCGCUCUUGUCAUGCGCUCGCUCUUGUCAUGCGCUCGAUCUUGUCAUGCGUCGCUCUUGUCAUGCGCUCGCUCUUGUCAUGCGCUCGCUCUUGUCAUGCGCUCGCUCAUGUCAUGCGCUCGCUCUUGUCAUGCGCUCGCUCUUGUCAUGCGCUCGCUCUUGUCAUGCGCUCGCUCUUGGCAUGCGCUUGCUCUUAUCAUGCGCUCGCUCUUGGCAUGCGCUCGCUCCUGUCAUGCGCUCGCUCUUGUCAUGCGCUCGCUCUUGUCAUGCGCUCGCUCUUGUAAUGCGCUCGCUCUUGUCAUGCGCUCGCUCUUGUCUGCUGCUCUUGGCAUGCGCUCGCUCUUGUCAUGCGCUCGCUCUUGCGCUGUCAUAAUCAAGUCUGCACCCGAACGGGUGGCGGGCACGCCCAAUGGCCCCGCGGCAUUCCAGCAGUUCCCCCUCGACACGGUCGCCCGCGCCACCAACGAUUGGGCCACGGCCAACCUGCUGGAACCCUCUGUUGUGCAGGUGGCGCAGAUGGCCACGAAGCACCACCCCGAUUUGGUGCGCCUGCUGGGGUUGGCAGUGGGAGGUGACGUGCACACGCGCGUGGAGAACGUGCUGCUCUACGAGUUCGUUGCCAACGGGGACCUCGAGCGCUGGAUGGGCCCAGAUACUGCCUUUCCUCAUGUGCCCCCCCUCCGUCCGGCCCUUCCCCCAGACGCGCCCACACCGCUGAGCCUGCAACAGAGGCUGGAUAUCCUGGUGGGGGCGGUGCGCGGGGUGGAGUAUCUGCACUCGUUCGGCAUCGUGUAUCGCGACAUCAAGCCCGCCAAUAUCAUGCUCGAUGCCCACAUGCAGGUCAGUGCGCCAUGCAGGUCAGUGCGCCAUGCAGCCCAAGGUGGCUGA